GACAAGAGCCGGAGGUGAUCAGCGAAUUCCGGGGAAGAAUAGUUCCUGAAUGUAUGAAAAGAUGGCCGCCUACACCUGUAACAUCGUCCGUGCUUCGCUCGUGUCCCGGGGUUCUUGCCUCGUCCUACAGAAGAGCUGUUGCCCUGUGUAUGCCUCGGCGUCCUCCAUGCAAAACGGUUCUUUCCUAAAGAGAAGCUGCUGGGCCCCUGUCGCCUUCCACCACCCCACCGUUAGCAAUCGUAUCUACCACACUUCCAGAUCACAUCUCCAGAACAAGCCUCCUCCAGAACCACCUACUCUAGAACCCGAGAAGAUCGCGCAGGUUGUGCGCAAGUCCCUGGGCCAGAGAGUAAUAGAUGAGGUCAAGCACUUCUACCACGGGUUUCGGCUCCUCUGGAUUGACACCAAAGUGGCGGCUCGAAUGGUUUGGAGAUUGUUGCAUGGUCAGGUGCUGACUCGACGUGAAAGGAGGCGGCUAUUGAGGACAUGCGCCGAUCUCUUCCGGCUGGUGCCGUUUAUGGUGUUUGUAAUCGUCCCCUUCAUGGAGUUCCUGCUUCCUGUGUUCCUUAAACUAUUCCCGGAAAUGCUUCCCUCCACGUUUGAAACAGAAUCCAAAAAGGAGGAGAAGAUAAAGAAGAAAUUGGGUGCAAAACUGGAGAUGGCCAAGUUCCUCCAGGAAACAAUCUCUGAGAUGGCGCGGAGGAACAAAGCAGAGACCGGGGCAGACAGACAGCAGCAGUUCUCCACCUAUGUGCAGCAGGUUCGAGGGACAGGAGAGCAGCCCAGCACCCAGGAGAUCGUCCGCUUUUCCAAGCUGUUUGAGGACGAGCUGACUCUGGAGCACUUGGAGAGGUCCCAGCUCGUGGCUUUGUGCCGUCUGCUCGAACUGCAGCCAAUUGGCACCAAUAACCUGCUGCGCUUCCAACUACUCAUGAAACUCCGGUCCGUACGGGCCGAUGAUGAGAUGAUUUCCAAGGAGGGUGUGGAUAACCUGACUGUGGCAGAACUACAGGCUGCGAGCAGGACGCGCGGAAUGCGGUCAUUGGGACUCACGGAAGAGCAGCUCAAGGAGCAAAUAAAGCAGUGGCUGGACUUGCACCUGAAGGAGAACGUCCCUCCAUCGCUCUUGCUCCUCUCCCGGGCUCUGUAUCUUACAGACGUUAAACCCAAGCCAAUCGUGCCACUGAAGCAGACUGUGGAGGUACCAAAGAAUACCGCUGCCCCAGACCAGCCGAAAGACCCUGCAGAGAACCUGACAGACUCCGCGCAGAUCUUGCAGGGAAUGAAGGGUGAAGAGCUCUCCCCAAAGCUACCAGUGAAAGAAUCUGUUUUACAUUCAAAGGAAAGCGCUAAGGCAAGUGCCAAUGGUAUAUAACACUCCAGUAGACAGAAACACUGCCAUAUCCAAAUCCUGACCACUUGGGAACCAAACCACUGCAAUUUAACUCUUCGGAGGCUGAUCUGUGGCUCUUCCAGUGAUGCUGAAUAUACUCCACUGUACAAUGGUGCUAAGUAUCUCUAUACGAUUUUAGCUACUAACCAUGAACACACCAAACUGUAUAAAGAUACGGACUUAUCAUUGCACGCUGCUUGUAUAAUAAUGUUUACCGAUAUACAGUUUGUACCCGGUACUGUGACUGUCCUUUGAUUUCUUGUACAUAGGGUCCUGUUUCAUUUGCACCAAGUUUAUUAUUAUAAACCCAAAAACGGCCCACAUUUUACUAAUAUGAAAUCGAGAUAUUUCAGCUAUAAUGUAAAUGAUAUGGUAUAUGGUAUUAACUUAUAUGGUAUGUAAAUAUGUACAUAUGUUUUUCAAUAAUGUUUUUUAGAACAUUGUACAUUUUAUGCCAAUCUGGUCUUCCUGUAUAUACGGUGUUCUUGAAGUCUGUAAUGGCACCUUAUCUACAUAUAUAUUAAAUUUAUAUCCUUAUUG